AUGUUCACUAGGAGCUAUUUUUUUGCUCUUGUCAAGCGCGACAUAGAUUGUAUCUGCAGAGAAGCAUUUACCAUCGACCGUCAGCUGUUCUGUGUAUCAACCCUUGCAGUUCACACCUGGAGUGUUGUGCCUACAGAGUACAGAGGUAUUGUCCCGCGGGUGCCAUUGUUCCCUGCCACGGAGAUUAACACUCCUUCCCGGCGCGAGGCUCUGAUACAUUACAUACACCAUCAAAAUGGCCACUUUCAGUCCUGUCCCGGCCUACGUCUUGGGCACCCUCACCCUCGCCCUGGGCUGCCAUGCGCUGGCUCGUCCCGGCCCCGAGUAUCCACGUUUUGGCUUACCCUUCGAGUCCGCUGCUUCCUCCGCGUCCACCCAUGGCAACAAACGCACUCCUCCCCCCGGCGCGGUUUCUCCCCUCAUGUACAUCAAGGGUAUCCGCGAGACAAGCUAUGGUCUGACGCUGCUUGCUUUGCAGUACUACGGUCAGGAAACCGCUGUCACUAUCUUCGCUGCCGUCUGUGCGCUGGUUGGACUUGCGGAUGGGUUUGUUGUCUGGGCGAAUGGGGGUGA